AUGCGGAUAGAUUCUCAUGAGCUGUCCACUGCCGACGGUCCCAAGCCCAAACAUAAGCUGUCCGAUUUCAUCACACCACCUAGCAGUCCUCCUCAAACUCUGAGCUCAUCUCGCAAGCAUCAGCCUAUUCCACAGAAGCCACGUGGAUCUGCCUCAAAUGCGUCCUUGGCUGAGACUUUUGUUGACGACUGGAAUUGCGAGCUUACUCGUCAAAAACAGAUCAAAUCCGCAUGCCCAGUCAACCAGUCGAAAGAGGUCUCGAGGAAAGGAAAGAAGAUGGAAUUCGAGGCGACAAAACAAGCCAUAGCUGAAAAUUUUGUUCGGGAGCUGGAUCUUCAAAUUGCAAACGGUCAGAUUUCCAAACUAACCAACUCUACAAAUGGCGUGAAGAUUGUCUGGACCAAAAGUCUUCACACCACCGCCGGCCGGGCGAACUGGCGACGUGAGACCGUCCGAACUAAGCAAUCUGACGGAUCAAUUGUUGACACAAUGCAUAAACACCAUGCUUCAAUCGAACUUGCCGACAAAGUCAUCGAUGAUGAAAACAGGCUUCUUAAUGUGCUGGCACACGAAUUCUGUCAUUUGACUACCUUCAUGAUUAGCGGUUUGACGACUAAUCCCCAUGGGAAAGAGUUCAAGUCCUGGGCAUCAAAAUGCUCCCGUAUCUUCGGCCACAGGGGCAUUCACGUAACCACCAAGCAUGCUUACGAAAUUGAUUUCAAGUAUAAAUGGGAGUGUACUGAUUGCAGACUGGAGUACAAGAGGCAUUCUAGAAGUAUUGAUACGCAGCGCCACCGAUGCGGGACCUGCAAAGGCGAGCUCAAGCAAGUCAAACCUGCCCCAAGAGCCAAUGUCGCAAAUAAUAAAGGCGCGUCAGGGCAAAGCGAAUACCAGCUGUUUGUGAAGGAUCAGAUGAAAUUGGUGAAGCAGGAAAAUCCUGAUGUUCCGCAGCGAGAAAUUUUGAAGAUGAUCGCCGGAAAAUGGGCUGAUGAGAAGAAGAAGCAGAAGAAUGCCAGAUCCCAUACAACAGAGGACACAGUAAUAGGGAAACAACCAGACGAGGCCCAUUUUACUACCAAAUUAAUGGAUGAUUUAACUCUUGGUGAUUAA